AUGGAGGACAACACGCAAGGUGGGGAGCAUGUCUGCAUCGGCAUCGACUUUGGAAGCACCGGUGUUCGGGCCUUCGCAUGCUAUAUCUACAAUGACAACGAGCCCAUAUAUAUUCCUCGGAAUCUCACAGUAGACCGUAUGCCGGAAUCGCUCAAAUACGGUUUCUACUUGCUAUCUGGCGACCCGCAUAAAUUAAUGGAUCAGUACCCACUGAUGAAGAGACUGAGGGAUGCCUGCAACGAUCAGAUUCGAAACAAACUGCGAACCGGCAUUACUCAAGUGCUUCAGGACUUGAAAACCGCGAUCGAAAGCAAUGAAGCGUUCAUGGCCAACGGGUGGAGGAUCGGUCGACUAUGUGUCACCGUCCCGAAUCAGUGGACGUUGGAAUUUAAGGAGGUCUACACCAGACUUCUGGCUCAAGCACAAGAACAACAGAGGGUUGUACUCGUUCUGGAUUUUGGUAGUCAUAAUUUGAAUAGUGCAAUUUUCUGGGUACAGAGUACUCAGCACCAGGAACCCAAGUUUUUCAGACAUGGGGAAGCAUUUAGAAUUAGUGGUGGUGGAGGAGAGCAUCUCUACUUCAAUGUGCUUCGGGCUUGCGAAGAGAAGUACAAGGCACAAACCGGCGCUGCUGUGGGGGAUAGGCUAUCUGCGGCUGCAAAAGAACAAAUAAGGCAAAAAUUCGUCAUGGAGUGUCGUCACUGUUGGGGUCCAGGCGACCAUCUUCCUAGCCCAUAUGCCUUCCAUUUAUUCGACAACAACUUUCAACACGUGCCACUCAUUUUCAGCAAGAUCAGGAGGGAGCUACAAACCCUCAAAAUACUGGCAUCAAAAGAGCAUGGCGGAUCCAUGCCUAUCCCUUUGGUCAUUAGAGCAGGAGGGAGCAUCGGCAAUCAACCUCUAUAUGAUAGGCUACAGAGCCUCAUCAACCAGUUUGAUAUCGCGGAUACCACGUUUAUCAACAAAAUUGGACUGGAUUACGACACCGUUCGGCUUGCGAGGGGAGCACCUAUGGCAACGGUAGACAUGGUCACUGUUGAAGAUUUCCUCAAGCAAGGUGUCUGUAUCGACAUCCAGAUGCGGCAACGCCACACUUACAAAUGGGACAACAGCGCGACCACAAUUUUCUACUAUUGUACCAGAACAGGACAUUACAGGGGAAAUUUUGAUUGCCAACUCCUCAACAUUCGCGACGGCGAUGAGUUUUGUCUUGUGUGUGAUCCCUGGUACGCUGAUAAAAACCCAACCCUCCAAAACGAGGACCCCAACUACCUUCCUCAGAUGAGCGCCGAGCGUGGUCGCGCUGAGGGUAGGUAUUUCAUCAAAGCGGAUAUCAGAGGAAAUGGAAACGACAUGGAGCUUGUCCUGGACAUAGCGCUGGUUGCAAACCCCAAUCGAGCCCGAAGUAGCCUCUACGAAAAGGUCGAUAUCCACCUCCCGCUUUACUAUGAAGGUGGAAACAACUGUGUUUUUGUCGGAGAAAGGGGAAAAACCUUGGGCGAGGCCAUCAGAGACUUUCAGGCUAGGCGCCGCCUUGAUGUCCAGGACUUCCUCAACCACGCGUCAUAA